AGCGCUCCAAACAGCAGCAGGAAGAAGUGUUUCGGAAGUGGACGCAGCGGCAGCCUGAGACAGAACAUCACAUCGGGGGAGGAAAAGGGCGGAGGAAAGUGAACCACCGACAGCGACGGACAGUAUGACCGUGGGGAGAAAUAAUUGAAUGAGUGGCUCUUGAUACUGAGACAAUAAUUCGUCAAAGGUGGACAGCAUAUGGCCGUAAGGCGGCCUUGUUGUCCACGUUGUCGACAUUCAUCAUCAUCAGGAGACCAGAGGCGAUGGAGGGCCAUGAAGGGUGAGGGGCUGGGAGAGUGAGGAACAGGUCCUGCGUGGAGAUGAAACUUAAACAGCGCAUGGUGGUGCUGUGUGCCGUGCUCCUCCUGCUGGGCCUCGCCAAGAUCUUCCUGCUGGAUGGCGGUGAGGGCUCGGCCGCCAGCAGACGGGACCUCAGAGCCUUUCGCAAGAUGGAGGCGGGUCUGUCUCUGUCACGGGGGGCUCGCCUCGCCCACACCCUCCAGUCACCCUGGGAGAUAGCGAGCCAGUGGGUGGGUCCCAGAGAAGUGUACCCCGAGGAGACGCCCGAGCUGGCCGCCGUGCUCACCGCCCUCAGCACCGCUCGCAUAGAGCGGGCCGACGUGGGCUACAAGGGCACGCAGCUCAAAGCCCUACUGGUUCUGGACGGAGGGCAAAAAGUGGUCUUCAAACCCAAAAGGUACAGCCGUGACUACAUCGUUGAGGGGGAGCCGUACGCAGGUUAUGACCGACACAAUGCAGAGGUGGCUGCCUUUCACCUGGACAGGAUCCUGGGCUUCAGGAGAGCGCCUCUCGUGGUGGGACGAUACGUCAACCUGCGCACCGAGAUCAAACCCGUGGCCACCGACCAGCUGCUCAGCACCUUCCUCACGCAGGGCAACAACACAUGCUUCUACGGGAAGUGCUAUUACUGCCGGGAGAGCGAGCCGGCGUGUGGCGAAGGCGACAUGAUGGAGGGCUCUUUGACCUUGUGGCUGCCAGACGUGUGGCCACUGCAGAAACACAGACACCCAUGGGGACGCACCUACAGGGAGGGCAAACUGGCCAGGUGGGAGUACGACGAGGGCUACUGCGAGGCAGUAAAGAAAAUGCCGCCAUAUGACGCGGGGCCACGGCUGCUGGACGUCAUCGACACGGCCAUAUUUGAUUAUCUCAUCGGGAACGCCGACCGCCACCACUACGAGAGUUUCCAGGAUGACGGCGGCGCCAGCAUGCUCAUCCUGUUGGACAACGCGAAGAGCUUUGGGAACGCUGCUCUGGACGAGCGAAGCAUCCUGGCGCCGCUCUACCAGUGUUGCAUGAUCCGCGUGUCCACCUGGAACAGGCUAAACCUGCUAAGAGGCGGAGCUCUGAGCUCGGGCCUGCGCCAGGCGCUGGCCUUCGACCCCAUCCAGCCCGUGCUGGCCGAGCCGCACCUCGCCGCCUUGGACAGGCGUCUCACGGGCAUCAUAGCCACCGUCAAGCAGUGCAUGGAGGCGCAGGGACCCGACAACUCCUUGAUAGAGGACCGCAUGAACCUCCCACACCCUUAAAAGCAGGACGGCGGAACUGGAGUUGGUGAUGAGUGGGGGGGCGACAACACGGAUCUACAGGGUGGAACUAACAACUACUGGAUUUCCUUCUUUUCCUUGUUUGCUACUCAUGGACGUGACCUUCCUGUCAGGACCGUGGAGAACAUCCACCUUUGCUGUCUCAGGUUUGGGAUGGAAGGGAAGGAUGGUGCUCGCGCGGAGGCAGGUUGCACGGUAAGAGCGAGAGGACGCACGCCGAAGAGCAGCCUUCCCGUCUGAAAUUGAGGUUUUUCGAUGUGAGACAACCUGGUUUUUUUGUCCAUUCUGCAGGAAGUGACAUUGCAGCCAAGUGUACAUAACUGAACUAAAGUGACAGUUAUUAUUAUUAUAUUAUUAUUGUGUUAAACCUACGUGGUGUGUGUGCGUGAGAGAGAGGCUGCCAUACUGUGCCGUUAACAAGAAAGCUACUGACAUCACUGACUUGAACAAAAAGGGGGCGGGGUCAUGAGUUGGGCUUCAUCUUCAAUAUUAAACAUAAGAUUGAUUUCACUUGUUGCUUUUGUUUUUCAUGAGGUUUCCUCUUGACUUCCAGGGUGUUCAAUCUAUUCAUAAAACGUUUAUUAAGUGGGUAGGCAAGGUCUGAACUAAGUCACAUAACGAGAGGUGGUGUAGAAAUACUUUUUGACAUUGUCUUUGCAACACCCCCACGACCCUAGUGAGGAUUAAGCAACAUAGAAAACGGAUGGAUGGAUGGAUGGAUGGGUUUUUGCAACACUCCCAUGUCAGUGAAAGCUGUGUGAUGCUGAUGGUUGCGACACCCACAAAGGAGGUAUGCGGCAGGCCCCCUCUUUCCCACACUCGGCCGUUUGAUGUAGGACACCUGUUUCACUUCUACUCAGCAGGUGUUUUACUCAAACCAGCAAAACCACAUCUUUUCAAGGCAUGUCGCUGCAUGUCUGUGUUGAUGCCAAACAAGCCAAGACAUCACCCCAGAUGUCUUCUCUGACUUGGAAUGGAUGCAUGAGGGCAGGACAGGAGGAACUUGAAGAGGUUCCGCUCUGUCUUGAUGCACUUUUCGACAAUUAUUUCAUUGCUUUGGUUUCCUAGAAGCAAAUUUUGGUUCCUGGUGGGUGGUUGGUGUGGGCUUGACAAUUUCGUCCCCCUUUAACCAAUCAGACGUCAGUUUGCAGGCGUGAGUGUUUCCUGUCAGCGCCUGUGUGUCAUAUCAACACCGUCGUUAAAAGCCUGUCUCAGUCCUCUGACGACUGAUGCUGACGAGGAAGAAGAGAGAGGAUGGAUGCUGAAGGAGGUCGCUGCAUGCUGGGGGGCGAGCGCGCCAAGAAGCUGGCGGUGCUGGUGGCUGCGCAGAGCGUGCUGGUGGCUGUGUGCUUGGCGGCCACGUGCUACGUUUACUGGGAUCUUCACCGGGUGGUGAGUGACACGUUCACGUGCUAUCGAGUGUGUGUCGGUGGCGUUGUUGAAAAUCUGUGGGUGAAAUCUUGGAUGGGCUCUUGUGGACAAGAGAUGCCCCUCACAUUCUGACACAUUUGGGGCGCUUCUGCAAGGAAGAGUAGCCAAAUGCUUGUCAGUGUGCUGCCCAAAAACUGUGAAUAAUGGAAUCGUUUCAGCAUAUUGUAUUUUUUCGUUUAAAAAAAACCCUCUGGAUUUGAUUUUAUUAAAUUUAAUUAUUUUUUUGUGUGGGGUGGGGGUGAGCAAGGGGUGCUAGCUAAUCACUAAAUGACGUGACCGUCUAAUUUAUAUACGUAAUUGGCCCUGAUGCAUGUGCAUGCAAUUGUAAUGGUCACUAGGAAAGGAAUAACAUGGUAAUGGUUUCAUUUGAUUUGAACAGUGGAAUACAUAAUCAUAUUAUAAUCAGUCUAAUAAUUAAAUAAUCAAUACAAAUAGACAGAACAGAACAAGUUCAAGACUCUUGCUUGUAUUUUGCAAACAUCAACUGCUUGUAUUGUUUCUUGAAAUCGCUCAUCUUGGUUCUUUGUUUGAGUUCCUUACUCAAUCCGUUCCAUAAUUAGAUUCCACGUACUGAAAUGCUGUGGGUUUUUAGCGUUGUUCUCGCAUAUAAGUGCUUUAAGUUUACUUUUUUCCCUGAGAUCAUAUUUCUCCUCUUGGAGAAAAAGUAUUGUAUGACAUUUUUGGGUAGCAGGUUAUUUUUUGCUUUAUGCAUAAUUUUAGCCGUUUAAAAAUGUACUAAAUCAGCAAACUUAAAUAUUUGUGAUUUUAGAAAUAAAAGAUGUGUAUGUUCUCUAGGUGUGCAACAAUACGUGUAUCUGUAUCGUACCGUGACCCCUGUAUCGAACAAUGCUGACGGCUCUCGGUGCUGAAAGCUCAGUGUAUCUGCGAUCGACUACUCCGGCUUAGGUUGCAUUGUCAAUCACAGAGCCACUGAGCUCCCUCUCCCACAUUCAUACCAUGCUGCUGGGAGAAGCUCCACGCAAGCUGGCUCAUUGAAACAUGGCUAAUGCCUUUCCUGAUGGUGAACAUCCUCCACCCUCCUCCACAUCUGGUGUUUAGGACCACUUUGGUUUGACCCUGAUGCCAAGCGUGUUGUGGACAAAGAAAAACAGCAGUUUGUCGCAAGUGUCGCACAACGCUAAACUCCGUUGGUGGAAAUACAAGUACAACAAACGUGCCAACACAUUUACACCCCGGAUGUGAAAACAACUGGAAACAAAGCUCAUGAUUCAAAGAGGCUAAAGAGAUUGACCGGGCGAUAGCUACUUUUAUUGCUGUUUACCUGUUUUUUGUUGAAUAUCCCGUUGAGAAUGUUGGUACCCCAGAAGAUGAAUAUGGUAUAGCUUUGAUUUUGUAAGGAUUUAUUUCUUUGUAAUAUUUAGUCAGCUGCUAAGAAUGCACCACAUCAAUCUCCAUCAGAUACGUUUAUUUUUAUAUUCUUAUUAAACUGUGCUUUCUUAUAUGGUGCUAAAUGUGUGUUUAGCACAGUUUAGCAGCAGUUUCAAUAAAAUUCAAAUGUAUUUGUUGUAUCGGAAACAAUAUCAAACCGUAACACAAACGUAUCGAACUAAACUAAACGAAACGCGGCUUUAUGGAUUAUGGAUUAUCCUAACUGAUCUUUUUUGCAGUACAUUUAGCGGGUGAAGAUUGCUUUUAUAGUUAUUACCCCAUAGCUCUACACCAGGGGUGUCCAAAGUGCGGCCCGGGGGCCAUUUACGGCCCGCGACUGCUUUUUUUACUGGCCCUCGGCAUGUUGUAAAAAUACGAUUCAACAAGAAAAUUUUAAAAAGCAACAGCAAAAAUGGGGGAAAAAAACGGUAAUUUUCCAAGAAUAAAGACAAAACAUUAAGGGAGUAAAGUCAUUAUAUUAACAAAAAAAAAAAGAGCAAAAAAAACAACAUAAAGUUGAAAU